AAUGUUUAUAUUAUGUCAGCAAUAAAUAUAAUUUGUUAAUAGGCUAAAUAUGAACAUUUUGAUACCAUGAUUGACACUUUAUAAAUGAUUAAUGAGGUGUAAACUGGAUUCAGUUCAGAUUUAUUGAAUUAAGUGGCUAAUGUUUAUGUACUAUGAAUGUUUCUGUGUUUUGUCUAUAUUACAGAAUAGCAACCAAAAGCCACUACCGUUGUUUUAUAGGGGUAUAUUUCAUACAGGGCUAUUUUUGUGUGUUUUCAUUUAUUUUCUCUGUUGAUUUGGGAUCUUUAUAAUCUUGAGAAGGAAUGUGAUUUAAGGAGAAAUGUGUAUUAACCCUUUCUAAUCAGCCGAAUUUCACCCAAAGGGAGUGCUCAAUAGUUGGGCUACUGUUUUAUUUGUUUUAUUUAUUUUAUUUAAACUGAAUAGGCCAUUGUAACGAAAUAUUUACAGUGUAUUUGGAGCUUGUGUUAAUUUGAUCUCUUUUUAUAUUCCUUGUAAACUUGGUUUAUUAUAAUAUACUACACAGGGGGAAAUUUCACAGUCAUUUAAUGCUGUGUUUUCUCUUAAUUCAGUCGGAAAUAAAGAACCCCUGUUAGAUGUAUGGCUGUGCUGGAGUCUUUGUCAUAGUGUGAAGGUUUACACGGCCACAUAUAGGCUACAAAUUAUUUAAUGUAACAGCUGUACUGUUAGACCAAAAUUAUUUCCUGGAUAGGCGAUAAAGGGGUUACAUUUUAUGAACCUGUAGUCACAGAUCUCACCAUGUUUGUUUGAAGUUACGCUGUUUGCGUACCCAAUCAACUUGUAUGAUCGAGUUCAACCCUGACAUUGACAACAGCGCGGGUCACAGAAUUUGCUGUAAAACCGGAAGUCAACAGUAGACAUAUUAGUUAUUUUAUACUUUCGAACUGUUAAACUGCGCAUAUUUUCUAGUAUAACUGCACUGGACUAGCAUUUAUUUAUAUGCAUUAAAUUACAAAUAGACAAUGCAUAUCAGCUUGUGCCUUAUGAUCUUGAAUUGCAGAAUAUAUUUUACAUAUAUAGCACAAGCAUCUGAGAGACGUUCUUGCAUUCUGCGUAUACAUGCAGUUUGCAGCUUUAAUCACCUUUUUGUUAAUGUCAUGAUUUAGCUGACGACCGAACUUUAUGCUCAUAGUUUCUUGUGCGGGUUAUUUAUGAUGACGUGAAAUGCGCAACAUGAUCUGUGUACUGUUGAAGAGUGCGUCGUGAGCACACAUUAAAACGGCUGAUGAAUGAUGUGUGUUUUACUUCUCAUCAGAGCAAGGGUUACAGUUGUUCUUCUGAAGCUCAUUGUGGCUGCUGUAGAUUUUUCUUGCUCGUUUGAGCUGAAGCUCAAUCGCGCUUCUGAAAAUUCUCAAGUUUGACAUGCUCAUAAGGAAAUCCUGCUGUUGUAACUGUCAAUAGUUGUGUAACCGCCCUCCCCUUCAUUUUUUUGGUCUCACUUACUUUCAUAACAACAGAAACGAACUCUUGAUUUUUUUGUUAAAAUGAAGCUCUUUUUUUGGAGUGUUUUGCUUAUGCAUGGUGCUUCUGGUGUUGAUACAGACAGAGUGCCAGUGUCUGUGAUGGAGGGAGAAUCAGUAACUCUACACACUGGUGUUAAAACAAACCAACGAGACAGAAUCAGAUGGUAUUUUAAUGACACUCGCAUCGCUCAAAUGACUGGAGAUCAGAGUAAGAUCUGUACAGAUGUUCAGUGUAAUGAAGAUACUGAGAGAUUCAGAGACAGACUGAAGCUGGAUCAUCAGACUGGAUCUCUGACCAUCAUGAACAUCAGAAACACAGAUGCUGGAGAUUAUUACGUAGAGACCAUAAUCAGCGGCAACAUCAGUGAAAAGAUCUUCAGUGUCACUAUCACUGGUGGUUCUGGCUCAAAGGAAGUGCAAAUGAAGAGAAUGAUGGAGAUGGAGGGAGCAUCAGACACUUUAAACAAUGGUGCAGUAAACAAACAAGAAUCAGAUCAAGGUUCUGGUAAUUUAGUACCUGCAGUACCUGUGGCUGUCCUGCUGGUCCUGGCUGUUGGUGUUGGUGUGACUUACUGGUGCUACAGGAAGAAUAAACCAAGAAAAAGGAAUGCAAGUAUUACACAUGAAAAAGUACAGAUGAUGAUUUAAAUUUCAGAGAUGGACUGAUGCAGGAUGAGAAGAAUAGAUCAGAAGAAAUUUGAGGUUGGGUUUUAAAGACACAAUUUGGGCCCAGAGGGUGGAGCUCCUAUAAGUAAUAUUUACAAAUAGUUGUAUUUUCUAUACCUAUUGUUAUAUCUUUUUCAGUCAGUGUAUGGCUGGAAUAAAAAUACUUAGCAUAAAUUAAAAUAAUGUAUAAUUAUAGAAUACAUCUCAAGAUUUUAUGUAUAAAAUACCAAUUUUCCCUGUUAACUAGUUGCUAAUUAACAUACUAGCAAGUUCUGACCAAUAUCUCUCUGAUCAGUAAAAAUGUAAAGAUGUUGUGUAAAUAGAUACUUAUUUGAAUAAAAUCAAGCCAGCUGUCCAUUUUCAAA